CCUGUUCCCUUCCCUCCUCCCCCUGUUCCCUUCCCUCCUCCCCCUGUUCCCUUCCCUCCUCCCCCUGUUCCCUUCCCUCCUCCCCCUGUUCCCUUCCCCCCUCCCCCUGUUCCCUUCCCUCCUCCCCCUGUUCCCUUCUCCCCUCCCCCUGUUCCCUUCCCUCCUCCCCCUGUUCCCUUCUCCCCUCCCCCUGUUCCCUUCCCUCCUCCCCCUGUUCCCUUCCCUCCUCCCCCUGUUCCCUUCUCCCCUCCCCCUGUUCCCUUCCCUCCUCCCCCUGUUCCCUUCCCUCCUCCCCCUGUUCCCUUCCCCCCUCCCCCUGUUCCCUUCCCUCCUCCCCCCCCUCCUCCCCCUGUUCCCUUCCCUCCUCCCCCUGUUCCCUUCCCUCCUCCCCCUGUUCCCUUCCCUCCUCCCCCUGUUCCCUUCCCUCCUCCCCCUGUUCCCUUCUCCCCUCCCCCUGUUCCCUUCCCUCCUCCCCCUGUUCCCUUCCCUCCUCCCCCUGUUCCCUUCCCUCCUCCCCCUGUUCCCUUCCCUCCU